AUGUCUAUGACCCGGUCCACCUCGAACACAACCAUCUUCCCUCCAACACCAGACCGCUCCCAAUCUGCUACGCCCACCUCGGUUGCCUCCAAAGUCAGCGAACCAGCGCCCAACCACACUCACACCACUCCUCCCUGCAACACCAACUCCUUCCUCGCCUCCAAGCUGACGAUUACCCAUGCAACAAACCCUCUCCCCGUCCCGCUGCCCAACUCCCCCGAAAUGUGGUCGCAAAAAUGCCAUACCGACCAUAUGCUCACCUGCAGCUGGAGCGCCCUAACCGGCUGGUCCGACCCGGCAAUCGUACCUUUUGCCCCACUAACCCUCUCUCCCAUGUCCUCAGUCCUCCACUAUGCCACCGAGUGCUUCGAAGGCAUGAAAGCCUACCGCAGCAGCCACGAUGGAAGACUACGGCUCUUCCGCCCGCAGCGAAACUGUGAGAGGAUGUUGAAGUCGGCCACGCGGGUAGCGUUACCGGGCUUCGAGCCGGCCGAGUUGAGGGGGUGCAUCGAAAAGUUCGUUGCCCUGGAAGGGCCGAGAUGGCUGCCUCGAACCGAGCGCGAUGGGGAGGCAGAACCCGCGAGCGGGAGUUAUCUAUACCUCCGCCCCACGAUGAUCGGCACAGGCGACGCACUGGGCGUGCAGAGACCGACAGGGGCACUGUUCUUCCUCGUCGCGGUCUGCUUCCCGCCGCUGGACGAGCCGCAGAAAGCAGUGCUACCGCCGCAAGCAGCGACCCACACCGCCAGCCUACCACCACCGCUCGCACCUCUCGCGGGCGUCGUCUCCACCCCUCCGCCCAAAACCGACCUCGGAGUGAGCGAGGCGGGGAUGCGCCUCCUCGCCUCGUCCACCGACUCAUUCGGCAACGCCAAGGUCGGCGCCAACUACGGUCCCAGCCUGGUGGCGCAGGGCGAGGCGCGCGCCCAGGGCUACCAUCAGAUCCUCUGGCUGUUUGGAGCCGAAGGCUACGUCACCGAGGCCGGCGGGUCGAAUUUCAUGGUCAUCUGGCGGACGAAACGCAAGGAUGGCGGCGCCGGCCGCUUGCAGCUGGUCACGGCGCCGCUGGGGGACGGCGUCAUCCUCGACGGCGUGACGAGGGCGAGCGUGUUGGAGUUGGUGAGGGAGCGCUGGGCGACGACUGUGCGUCCUUCUCGGGCGGGAGAGGCGGGGUGGAGGAGCGCGGGGCAGGGCGAGGGGACGGUGGAGGUGGAGAUGGAGAUGGAAAUGGAGGUUGUUGAACGCCGCUUCACCAUGGCGGAGAUCGUCGAGGCGAGCGAGGAGGGCAGGGGCUGCUCGAGGCGUUCGGCUGCGGGACCGCUUUCUUUAUCGCGCCGGUGGCGGAGAUCCGAUUUCGAGGGUUGGAUAUUGAGCUGCCGUUGA